AUGAACCACGCCUCCGCCUCCUCCAGCCUGCCGGCUUACGCCGAGACACCUAACUCGAUGUCAUCACUCUCCGAGCGCGAGCUCGAUGUCAUUCCUUCUAGGUCUGGCCGGAAACUGUGUGUCAGGCAUAAGCAGAUGGCCGACCAAAACAUGAACGAAAAGCUGCAACAUUCGUUGGAUAAUCUCAGCCCCUCUGAACGAGCGGCCAUCACUCAAAUGUGGUCGACAUUUUCGACUGCCCCUCACGGUAAAAGGAAGAUCAUCCUUGAAGGCAUCCUUACCAUGUGCUGUUUGCAACUCUCCCACCUCUCUGACUCUCUGGUCCAAAUAAUCCGAAUCGAUCCCUUCUCACUCCUGCCUCGCGAGAUAUCGCUCCGCAUUCUCGGCUUCCUCGACGCCUUUUCUCUUGGCAAGGCCGCUCAAGUCUCCAAACUGUGGAAGGCCCUCGCCGACGACGACCUUCUUUGGCGCAGAAUGUGUGGCCAGCAUAUUGACCGCAAGUGCGAAAAGUGUGGAUGGGGUUUGCCGUUGCUGGAACGAAAGCGGUUACGGGUGGAGCUGAAGGAUCGAAGCCCUGCAGAGUUGGUCGAGCACAACCACAGUCACGACCAUGAAGACGGAGAAAGCAGGCUCGUCACGAGGGACCAAGUUCUUUCUGGGGCCUAUGAUCACCUUUCGCCAGGUCAGGUAGGUCUCAAGUCUUGUGACUCUCCGGCCAUGUACCUUCCGUCACCGUCAGGCACCUCCGUACCCUCUAGCAAGCGUCCUGCCCCAGACUCUGCUUUGGCCGUGAGCCACGCAUCAUCAAAGAAGGCCAAAUUUGACAACACCGACUCUGGGUCGGAUUUGCGUGGGAGAUCUAGCAAUGGAAAUGAUGCCGGCGGGUUGACUCGAGAAGUCCGAUUGACGAGACCGUGGAAGACUGUGUAUUGCGAGAGGCUCAUGGUGGAGAGAAACUGGAGAAAGGGACGCUGUAACACCAAAGUUCUAAAGGGUCACGCGGACGGUGUCACCUGCCUUCAGUACCACACAGCACUCACCAAUCCUUCCUAUCCCGUCCUCAUUACCGGCUCCUAUGACCGCACAGCACGCGUCUGGAACCUCGAGUCUGGAGAAGAAGUCCGUGUCCUCCGCGGCCACACCCACGCUGUCCGCGCUCUUCAAUUUGACCAGAUGUUGCUCUUUACCGGCGCCAUGGACGGCACGGUACGCAUGUGGAACUGGAGAGCCGGCGAGUGCUUACGGGUCUUGGACGGACACACCGAUGGCGUCGUCACGUUGAACUACAAUGGCUACCUCCUGGCCAGUGGUUCUGCAGACACUACAAUCCAGGUGUGGAAUUUCCGCACAGGCAACAAAUUUGUCCUCCGUGGGCACGAAGAAUGGGUCAACAGCGUUGUGCUCUGGGACGGCAAGACGUCGCCAUCCGACACAGAUCCCGCGGCUAUGCCGAGCUUUACACAAGCCGUUUCGAAUCGAUGCCAAAAGAGCAGCACCCCUGGUCUUGAGAUCUCCCAGCCUGAUGUUCCCAAUGUUGAGCCCGGCACCAUGCUUUUCUCUGCUUCCGAUGACAUGACCAUCAAGCUUUGGGAUCUCGAGACAGCUACCUGCGUCCGCACCUUCGAGGGCCACAAGGCACAAGUACAAAGCUUGAAGAUUUUGAUGGUAGACAUGACGGAAGAAGAGGUGGCUACUCGGGACAGACGCCAACGCCGCCAGCUUACGCCCCCCCAUACCACUUCCGGGUUCAUCACUGCUUCCAAUGCGUCUCCAGUCGGUGUACAUGCGUCUGGCGAGGUCAACGGCACUUUACUUGACGCAGCUCCCGAUGGCUUUGACCCCGUCGAGCAUCGUGGUCGAGACAGAGAGCAGACAGUCCAGCCGCGCGUGUACGUGCACUCUCCCGAAGGUCGUUCCAAGCGAGCGAGCUCCAGAGACAACUCUCGUGCCGACGAAAAGAAGGCCAUCAUCACCUCUGGUUCUCUUGACGGCACCGUCAAGAUCUGGGACGUCGAAACUGGCCAAGAGCAAUCUACGCUCUUCGGUCAUAUCGAAGGCGUCUGGGCAGUGGACAUUGAUGCGCUGAGACUUGUUUCUGCCUCUCAUGAUAGGACGAUCAAGGUUUGGGAUCGAGAGAGUGCCCAAUGUGUGCAGACCCUUGUUGGGCACCGGGGUGCUGUGACUUCUUGUCAGCUGAGUGACGAUAUGAUCGUUUCUGGUUCAGACGAUGGCGAUAUCAUGGCCUGGAAUUUUGCUCCUGCUGCCAACAACAAUCAUUCCAACCUUGCUUCAUCAUCCUCCACCCCCGGCCACCAUUAG